UUUUUUAUUUUUUUAUUUGUUUGUUUAUUUUUGGACUUGCAGAUCGGAGCACAUAUAUGAACGAUAUAUCUAAUAUAUUAAAUAUAUCAUUGUAUUUAAAAUCCGUUUGACUUAUGCUGGGGUUCGAGAAAGGAAGUACCUGGAGGAUGUCAUUCUCUGAUUGAUGGAAAAACCCAUUUUAGUCAUUUCACGAUUUUCAACUAUUUUCUAAAAUAAAUCAGGUUUUGGAAGGAUUAAUUUAGGAUUUAAGUCUACUUCAAAGACUUAUUUUGGACUUCUCUGUCUAGCCUGGAAUUUCAAUAUGGCCACAACACUACAUUCAGGAGAGACUUUGAAAAAUCUUAGUUCUGAGGUUAAAGCAUGCAGUUCCAGUUGUUCUUAUUCUCCUGAAACCACAGCUGCAUUUGCCACCUCAAUGACGCUGAUCAUGCUCUUCACCAUCUUCGGGAACAUCCUGGUGAUCAUCGCAGUCCUGACGUGUCACUCUUUACGAGGACCUCAGAACCUUUUCCUGGUGUCCAUGGCUGCAGCAGACAUCCUAGUGGCCACAUUGAUCAUUCCGUUCUCCUUGGCCAAUGAGCUGAUGGGCUACUGGUACUUUGAGUCAUUUUGGUGUGAGAUCUUCUUAGCGCUGGAUGUGCUCGUCUGCACGUCUUCCAUUAUACACCUGUGUGCCAUCAGCCUGGACCGCUACCUGUCCAUCUCCCGGCCGGUGCAAUACCCGACCCAACGCACCCCUCGCAAGAUCAAGGGGGCCAUAUUGUUGGUGUGGCUCAUCUCUGCGGUCAUCUCUUUCCCCCCGCUGGUAUCCAUGAAUAAGAACCCGCAGGUAUCCAGCAAUAAGACCCUGCUGGCAAAGGAUGGUGGCGGCCCUCAGUGCAAACUCAACGAGGACCCCUGGUACAUCCUGUACUCCUCCAUUGGGUCGUUCUUCGCCCCGUGCCUCAUCAUGAUCUUGGUGUAUGUUCGCAUCUAUCAGAUUGCCAAGAAGCACACUAGAUGUCAUCCGGGAGAGCCGAGGAAAGACUCUGCAGGUGGUGUGCCACCAGGCCGAGAGCUGCAGAACGGGAAAAAACAGGGAGGUGUUGACCCUGUGAAUGUCCCUAAUAUGACUGGAUCCAGAUUUAACACUGUAAACCAGCCUCAACCACCAGUAGAAAGUCGGCAGCUGAUGAAACAUUCAAGGAUGUACAAGUACAACGAGGACAGUUCAAGCUCCGGCUCUGAUGUCGCAGUAGUUAGAGGAUAUAAUGCCAACGGGACAACCUCCAGUGUGGGGGAGCUGGAGCCUGGCCACCAGACAUCCACACAAACCCAAAUGUACAGAAAAAUCAUCAUAAAGUCAAAGGGCAGCAAGCUGGCCUCUUCAAACAUGAAACCAGCAGGAACUCAGAACACCAAAAGGAAAGCCAUCAUUAUCCGUGAGAAGCGGUUCACAUUCGUCCUAGCGGUCGUCAUUGGGGUUUUCGUUGUCUGCUGGUUCCCGUUCUUCUUCAGCUACAGCUUGAAAGCCAUUUGUCCAGAGGCUUGUAAACUACCAGAGCCACUUUUUAAUUUCUUCUUCUGGAUUGGCUACUGCAACAGUGCCCUGAACCCACUCAUCUACACCAUCUUUAACAGGGACUUUCGUAAAGCCUUCAAAAAGAUUCUGUGUAAAAAAUAUAAGGACUCUUCUUUAUGAACAGACAACACUGGGGAAAAAAGGGUUUCAUAGGCCAACAGUAAAUUGGCAUUUGAUUUCUCUAAAGGAGAUCCUUGCAGAACCAGUUUGUUUCUGCAAGUUUUAC